GGCAUGUGCUAAAGAAUUAUGGGGAAAGGGUUUUCACACAUUCCCCCCAGUGCUUUAAAAGAUGGACCAGAUGAUCCGUGUUCACCCUGUGAUGACACAGAUGGACUGAUACCAUCAGAUGGCAGUGAUAAAAACAGGGCUGGAGAUGCUGCCCAUUUCCCAUAUGUAGAAUUUACUGGAAGAGACAGUGUUACUUGUGCCACCUGCCAAGGAACCGGUCGAAUUCCAAGAGGUCGAGAAAACCAGCUUGUGGCAUUGAUACCAUACAGUGAUCAGAGACUACGACCAAGACGAACAAAACUUUAUGUCACCGUUUCUGUCAUAGUUUGCUUGCUCCUCUCAUGCCUGGCUGUGUUUUUCCUCUUUCCACGAUCCAUUGAUGUACAUUACGUUGGGGUAAAGUCCGUUCUUGUCAAUUAUGAUGAGCAAAAGCAGUUGGUCUAUUUAAACAUCACGAACACCAUAAAUAUAACAAAUAACAACUUUUAUUCUAUCGAAGUGGAAAACGUAACUGGACAAGUUCAGUUCUCUAAAACCGUCAUUGGGAAGGCAAAAUUGAACACUGUUAUCAAAAUUGGACCACUUGACAAUAAACAGAUUGACUACUCAGUACCUACCACAAUUGGAAAUGAAUUUGACUACAUGUAUUCCUUUUGCACAUUUCCGACUAUAAAGGUUCACAACAUAGUGGUGGAGAUGCAAGUCAUCGUCACCAUUUCCUACUUGGGGCACCCUGAGCAGUUAUCUCAAGAAGUUUAUCAGUAUGUAGACUGUGGAGCAAAUGCAACUUAUCAUCAUGGCCAAUCAGACCUAACUAUUUUCAAUCAACCAUAAUUAAAGUAAUGCAGAAAGUGUGGAGGGGGGGCAUGUUGCUGCUAUCCACUUGCUGUAUAGUUUUGCCCUCUUCUACCAGUUUUGCGCUUACAACAUUAAACAGAAAUUCAUUUAACCAGAACCACUAAUACUACAAUAAUACAAUUUAAAAAAAAAGACAACGGUAGCUAAGGCUCUGUUCCAAUAACAUAUUUUAAUUUUUCUUGGCAUUUUAGUGUUUUACCAUUCAAGUAAUAUGUUUUGUGCAUGUUAUUUCAUGUACUUCUGCAUAUGCUUUUAAAAUAUUGUAUUCAUAUUUCAGUAUAGUUCUGGAUUUUGUAGUGGGUGUCCUUUUGUUUUGUUUUUUAUUAAUGCUUGAAGUGAUGGCAAAAGUGCAUCUGUUUUGAAAUCUUUGUUUUUUUUAUGUUCUUUAUUACAGAUUUAAUAAUAUGUUGAAGGAAGCUUUAUGAUGACUUGCAAGUCUAAUGAAAAAUUAAAUAUUCUGUUUCUUUUUUCUUCAAGCAUUUUGGGUACCAGUAGCCUAUCCCCAAGGUUACUUAUCCACUUUACAUAACAUAACACUUUCAACAUUAACAGCUCCUGUUUUGGAGAGACAAUCUCUGGCAGGUUUUGGGGAACGUGUUAAGCUUCAUAGUGAUAUCAGUGAGAAGAAAUUCAUGGCAAGUAAGUAGGUAUUUUGACCACCGCUACAUAUAAUGGCAAUCCAAAUGCCGUAUGUAAUAUAACCUUAAAUCAUUCAUAUACGAUAAAAUGAUCUUCUCAACCCAUAGUUUAAAAACUGCAUGACUUACAUGCUUAUUACAGGUAUGGAAACUGUGACCCAGGUCCCACGCAUUCUGGAUAACAGAUCCCAUACCUGUACUCUGUGCUGCUCAAUUCGUUGC